GCUACCUCUUAUGACGCAUUUUCUUCCGUAGUGCCUGAUCACACUUUCGUUUCGUGACCAAGGUCUGGGACACUCCGUCUCCUCGCCCUCUGAUCUUCCCCCAGUGGAUGGGACAGCGUUGCAGAGAAUCAUAAAACACCCGCAAUAGCUCUCCGCCCACCCGCAACCGGCCUUCCAAACAAACCCCAACUUCAAAAUGUUUGUCCUCAGAAACGUUGGCAAACUCAUCUUUGGAUCUAGCAACCAAGAAUCCCUUAUCGAACUUCCCCAAGGACAGCUUUAUCUUGUCCGCCCUCUCUCGCCCAAGGGCUACUCUGAACUCAUCUUUAAGGACGCCGCCGCUCGAAUCCGACGCACCGCGCAAGACUUUCAAUACCAGCUCGUGGUGCAGAGAGUCUACGAAGAAGGCGAGGCUGAACUUUUGGCUGAGGAAGAAGGAGAAGACGCCGAGAUCGACGCACUUGCCGCCGCCGAGAGGGACGAGAAGACUUUCCUGCUCGACGAGGCCCUUCAUUUCCGAGUCGAGAUCCGAGAAGGCACCGAGAAGGUUCUUGCGUGGAGAGACCUGAGCGGUGACACGGGCGACGUUUACGAAUUCAUUUGCGACAACGUUGUGUCCUCUGGUCAAGUCGCGCAAUUCGAGCGCACCGCCAAGGAGUGCCAGUACGAGCGCAAGUACCGCAAACCACACACGACCGCCUCCGACUUUGACCUCAAGCAGUUUGAGUUCCAGGACGAGCACCCCAUACCGCCCGCGAGUCCGAUUCACAGCCCGACUCUCGUGCGAUCGAUCGAAUCAGCCGACGGCCUGUUCGUGCCUCAAAGCCCCAUCGGCACACCCACCAAGAAUCAAGAGGAGUCUCUUGUGCAGACUCCAAUGAAGACGCCUUCCAAGAUGCCGGUCACGCCCGAGAAGCGCAAGACGGCCAGCCCGCCUAAGUCUGAAGUGGCCCCUCAAGCCCUCAGUACAUACGCUACUGAACAGAGCGAACUGCACUUCUUCGACUUCCCAUCUGGUGCUUUCGUCCAGCAAGACGCCUCUGUCACUGCCACCGUUACCGAGGUCGGCAAAUGGAAGUACUGGCUGCAGAUCGAGAGCAAGGAAAAGAUCUGGCUUGGCAUUCCGAUUAUCGCCGACAUCAACCCUGUCUUCAACUUUGAGUUUUUGUCUUUCAUCUUCAACCACUUCUCCUCCGAUGGAUCAGCAUACUCCUGGUUACUGAGAUUCAAAGACCAGCCGGCGCUGGAGCGUUUCCAGGAUGCCCUUCUCCGCGCGCUCUGGGAACAGCUGAACGAGACCAAGUGGGAGAAGAUCAAGGAGAAAGAGCAGGAAUAUGUCACGGAUGCCUUCAACGAUUUGACCAUGGAAGAUACCCCGGAGGAGGAGGAAGAAGAAGAGGAAGAAGAGGAGUACGAGGACGCUGAGGAAAACGACAAGGCUGGUGCGCUGCGCAGCGAGCAUUACGACAGUGACGAGGAUGGAGACGAUGUCGAGACCGACGACGAAGAUGGCAUCGUCAACUCCCAACUUGCUGUCGGCUACAAACAUGACCGCUCUUUCGUCGUUCGCGGAUCCAAGAUCGGUGUCUUUAAGCACACGGCAGACAACAAUGUUGAGUUCUCGACCAAUAUUUCCAAGGUCGAAACCCCUCAGGGCGUGCUGUUCAGCCCGAAGAAGAUGAUGCUUCACAACGAGGAUCGCAACAUGGUCCUGCAGAACGAGCGGGAUGCCAACAAACUUUACCGCAUGGAUCUCGAGUACGGUAAAAUUGUCGACGAGUGGAAGGUGCACGAGGACAUUCCCAUUCUCAAUUUCGCCCCGGAGAACAAGUUUGCCCAGAUGACCCACGAGCCAACCUUUCUCGGUAUCUCGAAGAAUGCUCUUUACCGUGUCGAUCCCCGUCUGUCCGGUAACAAGUUGGUCGAUUCCCAGUUGAAGCAAUAUGUCUCGAAGAACGAAUUCUCGGCCGUCGCCACCACCGAGAAGGGUUACAUCGCCGUCGCUUCCAACAAGGGUGAUGUUCGUCUCUUCGAUCGUCUUGGCAUCAACGCCAAAACUCACAUUCCCGCUCUUGGAGAGCCGAUCAUUGGUCUUGACGUAUCUGCUGACGGCCACUGGAUUCUCGCGACCUGCCGGACGUACAUCCUGCUUAUUGACGCGAUGCAGAAGUCUGGCAAGAAUGAGGGCAAGCUCGGUUUCGAGAAGUCUUUUGCGGCCAGCGAAAAGCCUCAGCCGCGCCGUCUAGCCCUCACACCUGAACACGUUGCUCAAUUUGCCCACGAGACCGGAAAGCCCGUUUCGUUCACGCCGGCGCGCUUCAACACCGGUGAGGGCAUCGAGGAAACCAGCAUCAUCACGGCCACUGGACCCUACAUUGUUGAGUGGACCUUGAAGAAGGUUCUUCGCGGCAUCAAGGGCGCCUACCGAAUCAAGCGCUACGCUGAGGAGGUCAAGGCCGACGACUUCAAGUUCGGAACAGACAAGAAUGUCAUCGUCGCUCUUCCUAACGAGGUCAACAUGGUCGGCAGACAGGGCCUCAAGCGUCCCACUCGUGAGAGCAUUGCCGGUAACUUCGCGCAGCUCAGCUUGGGUCGCAGAGACUCCGGACGCAUCAGCACGCCGAAGAGCGGUCGCUACAAGCUUGGUAAGGAGGACGUUGUGGCAUCGCCCUACUGAGAGGGUCGGCGAAAGUCUCUGUUUUGUUGUGUGGUGACGACGCUUCAUGUUUUGAUGUCGGAAACAUUUCCAGACGAGGGCGUUUUUUCAGGUUGCGAUCUGCAAUGGCAAAGGGACCAGAGGGGACGGACCGGGAUGGAGUUACAGCACAGCACGUUACCUUUCCUCCAUGUUUUUCUGAUGAGGCCUUUCGCUUUCGCCCCCCCAGCUUUCACUUCUUACGUUGUCUUUUUCCAGAAGAAGCGACGUACCCUUUUUUCGUUUUUAAAUACCUCGGGACGCCUUCCGCAAACACAUGAGAAGCGGACUGGCUGGAACGGUAGUUCUCAAGCGGACCACGGCCAGUUACAUUUUAGAUCAGAUACAAGUUUUCCCCUCAAUCACCAUGCAUGCCUGCUUUUGUGAGAUCACUUGCUGAUUGGCCUGUUGAAAUAGGACACAGGUCCUUAACUCCCCCGCUAGUAGCUGGCAAUGUUUGGUCAGUUCAUUCACAGUUUCGGCCUGUCAUCGGUCGCAUUACACGUUUCGUCAAGUGGGUAGAUAGUCUAAUGCUGGGCGUAAACCCAAACCU